ACAAGUCUUUUUUUGAGUUCAGAGACGCAGAGUCUGAGAAACUUCAUCGCUAGAGAGCAUUUACUUGAGGCUGAAAACGAUGGAAGAAGGAAUGUCAGGGUUUUACGUCAAAGCCACCGGGGUUCGAGGCGGCCACGGCGGUGGCAACGGCGGCAGCGGUGGUACCAAGUGCGGGCGGUGGAACCCGACCACCGAACAGGUUAAAGUUCUGACCGACCUGUUCAGGUCCGGGCUUCGGACUCCGAGCACUGACCAGAUUCAGAAGAUCUCCACUCAGCUGAGCUUUUAUGGCAAGAUCGAGAGUAAGAACGUGUUUUAUUGGUUUCAGAACCACAAAGCCAGGGAAAGGCAAAAGCGUCGAAAGGUGUCGGUCGACGAUCAAACGAAGGAGGCCCUCCGCAGCGAGGAGAAGAUUUCUUCUGCCAAACAUUUCAUUCCACAUCAUGUAGUGGAGUCCGAGAGGGUGAUGGAAACCCUUCAGCUUUUCCCUCUCAAGUCCUUCGACGAAUUGGCGGAACCGGAGAAGCUCAGGCUGCGUGCAACCGAAUGCCGAGACUUUGCACAUGGUUUCGGGACGACGAUGGAUCAUCCAACGCUAGAUCUCAGAUUAAGCUUCCUCUAGAUACCAUGAACUAGGACCCCGCAAAUAGAAGACAGAUUGUGAUCUUUAGGGUGGUUUAGCUAGGGUUUAUCAUGAAUUGAGAGUAGGAAAAGGGGGUGGAUCCAGGAAACGCAUGGUGGUGCCUAGUGCUCUAGUUGAAAAGACCAAUUAUGUGGUGAUGAUAUUUCUGGGGUUUAAAUAUAAACGCUGGUAUUUCGACAUUCUCCUCUGCAUGCUCGUUUCUAACGUUGUUCUUAUCUCUC